GUCGCGCCUGUGUAUCUGCAUUCUGUAUGCAAGUCGCACACAUACAAAAAUAAAAAUUGCAUCUUUGAGGGUUACCUAUUAUUUCUAAUUUUUAUCUCCGAAAUGGCAGAUUCUACCGUGAUAGACGUGACUAAAAUGAAAGUAGUUGAUCUACGUAAAGACCUAAAGGCACGUGGAUUGCCGUAUUCGGGAGAUAAAGCUGAAUUAGUGGCGCGACUUCAGGCGGCAAUGUCUCAAGACGAACAUGGUGACAUCAACUUGGACUCCGAUGAAAUUGAUUCUGAUGGCGUUCUCGAAGAUGAAGAUGAUAAAAGCCAAGGUGAUAUACUUGAUGACUCCGCAGUUGACACAUUGAAUGAAGAGUUGGCGCUUUCUGAACAGCAAUCGCCGACUAAACCCACAGCUGAAGUGAAGCCUCCACGAACUCUCAAAAGGAGAAUAACAUCGACAGAAGCGCCUAAAGAUAAAUCCGAAGACACAAAGUCCUCAGAGUCUGCUGCUAAGAAAAUUGUGUUGAACAGAGCUGUGUCUAUCACUUCUCCUCCUAAAACAACUGAAGAUAAAGAAGAGAUAGUUCCGCCAGAAGCUAACCCCCCUUCGAGUAAUAAGAUCAAAAUUACUGCAGACAUAGAUGCUAAAACUAGGCUGGAGCUAAGAGCAAAGAGGUUUGGUUUGCCGGUCAAAAUGAGUGAAGACGAGAGGAAGGAAGCUAGGAAACAAAGAUUUGGUCAAAAUGCUCCAUCCAAGAGUCCUAUACUCUCUGAUACUGGUUCUCUAUCAGAGAACAUGGAGAAACUAAAGAAAAGGGCUGAAAGAUUUGGUCAGUCUGUCUCCAAAAUAAUGACUGAUAUUGAAAAGAAAGAAAAGUUGGAGAAGCGCAAAGCAAAGUUUGGGGGAGUCGCAUAACAAGCAAUGAGGUUCAUACAGUUCUGUAAAUAAUUCACUGUUUUAUUGUAAACAAAUGAUUCUUAUAGUCAAUACAUGGUAACUAAAAUGAAUGAGGACAUAACAUUUUGGUCAGACUUGCUGAUCAAUCUCGGGUGUGAGUCAGAGUGACUCUUAGAAGUAAUUCAACAACAACCAAUAAGAAUCUUAAAUUAAAUCUGUUGUGACAUUGCAAUUAGUAUUUAAGAUACUUUUAAGAUUAACUUUUAGUGAUAAUUGUUUAUGCUAAGGACAUUAAAUAACAUUUGACCAAUA